AUGGCAGAAAUUUUUGCAGGAGUAUGGGGAAAUCCAACAUUUGUCAAUUUUGAUGCUUAUCUUAAAGAGGCAGGAGUAAAUUUUGUUUUGAGGCAACUUGCUAAAACUGUUAGAGAUAAAACAACAAUAACUGUUAAUGAUGUUGAAGAAAUUCAAGAAACUAUUGAUGGUAGAAAGUUUUUGACUAUGUUUACAUUAAAAGAUGGAAAAUUGAUUGAAACUCAAAAAUCAAUUAAAUCAGGAUUAAAAGAAUCAAUUAUAACUAGGUAUGUUGAAGAUAAUAAAUUGAUUGUUGAAUUUGAAUGUAAUGGAGUUAAAGCAGUUAAUACAUAUUUCCGUCUUUAA